AUGCUGGCUACUGGUCCCUCCGGAAGCCCAUUAGGACUCAAUGUCCUGCCUGCAGGACCCUAUGGUGUUCUUUUUGCGGCACUCUAUCAAUUCUACCGCGUCAUUCCUACCAUGUACGAGUUCAAGGUCUUUGGAAUCGCAUUCACGGACAAGGUUUUCAUGUAUGCCCUUGCCACACAGUUGAUCUUGUCGCACAUGCCAGGAUCGCUUGCGUCGGCUGUCUGCGGGCUGUUGGCAGGAGCUAUCUACAGGAGCGACAUGGCUGGCACCAGGAGAUGGCGUUUCCCAGAACCCAUCAAGAGACUGGCCAUCAAGCUGCUCUUGCCCAUUUUCUCGUCUUCGCCCGCUAUCCGAUCAACAGCCACUACCUUUGAGAACCGGUCGUCGUCCUCUUCCAGGACAUCCGAUCGUCCAGCUCAAGCCAUGCGGGAAUACUUGGAUGUGCUGUCGACAGGAGGAGCAGCUCAGGGAGCAACACCACGGGCACCAUCUGAAAGCGAUGUGGCGACGCUGCAGAGCAUUUUCACGACGGCGACUCAGGAGCAGGCUACCCAGGCGCUCAAUGCUACCAACAACAAUCUGGAGGCGGCCGUUCAGUACCUUCUCGACAACCCUGCACCUGUACCUGCACCUGCGCCAACAACUCCUGCACCUGCACCUGCACCGCCAGCGUCGUCGUAG